ACGUGCUGACGCCAUGACGCCCCGGCUGGUGUGUUUCGGUGUGUGUGUGUAUGUGUGAGUGUGCGCGCUCCGAGUGUGUGUGUAUUUGUGUAUCGGCGGUUCCGCAGGUCCCGGAUGUUGCGGACAGUAUGAGGCGAGUGCAGGGGGACGGGGACCAGCAGCUGUCGCCGCCGCUCUCAGCAGUGGAAAACGAAGACACCUCCCUUCCUCCGCUGGCCUGUGCCUUGACUGCUGUGCCUUGUUUGGAGCGCGUGCUCAUUAAAAACUCAUACAGUGGGGGACAGAGGUCAACUGCUGCUUACUUUUGGAAGUCAUUUGUAUUACAUGAUCUGACUGGAUGAACUUUUCUGGCAAGGUGAAGAGGAACAGAAGUCUUUGUCCCCUGACUUUGGAAAUCUUGUUUAACCUUCAAACUGGCGAUGUCAAGGGUUCCAAGUCCUCCACCUCCGGCAGAAAUGUCGAGUGGCCCAGUAGCUGAGAGCUGGUGUUACACACAGAUCAAAGUAGUGAAAUUCUCCUACAUGUGGACCAUCAAUAACUUUAGCUUUUGCCGGGAGGAAAUGGGUGAAGUCAUUAAAAGUUCAACCUUUUCAUCAGGAGCCAAUGAUAAACUGAAAUGGUGUUUGCGGGUAAACCCAAAAGGGCUAGAUGAAGAGAGCAAAGAUUACCUGUCACUUUACCUGUUACUGGUCAGCUGUCCAAAGAGUGAAGUUCGAGCAAAAUUCAAAUUCUCCAUCCUGAAUGCCAAGGGAGAAGAAACCAAAGCUAUGGAGAGUCAACGGGCAUAUAGGUUUGUGCAAGGCAAAGACUGGGGAUUCAAAAAAUUCAUCCGUAGAGAUUUUCUCUUGGAUGAGGCCAAUGGGCUUCUCCCUGAUGACAAGCUUACCCUCUUCUGUGAGGUGAGUGUGGUGCAAGAUUCUGUCAACAUUUCUGGCCAGAACACCAUGAAUAUGGUGAAGGUUCCUGAGUGCCGGUUGGCGGAUGAGUUAGGAGGACUGUGGGAGAAUUCCCGGUUCACAGACUGUUGUUUGUGUGUUGCUGGCCAGGAAUUCCAGGCUCACAAAGCUAUCUUAGCAGCUCGUUCUCCAGUUUUUAGUGCCAUGUUUGAACAUGAAAUGGAGGAAAGCAAAAAGAAUCGGGUUGAAAUCAAUGAUGUGGAGCCUGAAGUUUUUAAGGAAAUGAUGUGCUUCAUUUACACGGGGAAGGCUCCGAACCUCGAUAAAAUGGCUGACGAUUUGCUGGCAGCUGCUGACAAGUAUGCCUUGGAGCGUUUAAAGGUCAUGUGUGAGGAUGCCCUCUGCAGUAACCUCUCCGUGGAGAACGCCGCAGAGAUUCUCAUCCUGGCUGACCUCCACAGCGCAGAUCAGCUGAAAACUCAGGCAGUGGAUUUCAUCAACUAUCAUGCUUCGGACGUCUUGGAGACCUCCGGGUGGAAGUCAAUGGUGGUGUCACAUCCCCACUUGGUGGCUGAGGCGUACCGCUCUCUGGCUUCGGCACAGUGCCCGUUCUUGGGACCCCCGCGCAAGCGCCUGAAGCAGUCCUAAGAUCCUGCCUGUUGUAAGACUCCGUUUACGUUCCAGAAGCAGCAGCCGCUGUUGCUGCCACAAACCACCAGGUAGACAGCACAAUCUGUGGAGCUUCUACUCCGUUGUGGGGGGAAAAGACUGCAUCGUGGCCCCAGACUUUUAAAACAGCACUAAGUAAACUUGGGGGAAAUGGGGGUGGGGGGAGGGAAGGGCCCGGGACUCGGGGCUGUUCAACCUAAUGAAAAUCCUGUUGCUGCGUCACUGUGUUCUCUUUGGCCUGGCGGAGUUUGAUACUGCGGGGAUUCAGUUUAGGCGCUAGCCCUGAGGACAUCCCAGCGGUGGUACUUUGGAGAAACCUGUCUGCAUCUGACUGAGCAGAACAGAUCGUCAGGUGCCUGGAGCAAAAAGAAAAUUUAAAAAGGACAUUUAGUUUUAAGAGAAGGGAAAAGGAAAGAAGAAAGGAUUUUUGCAGAAUUUCUCAAAAAUCAGUUUUUGGAUUCCAGUAGUAUUUAUGUUGAGAGAAGUUUUAGUACAUCCAGCUGUGCUAAAACUUGGGUAUUUGUGAGAACUCACCACGCACCAUGCAAGCAUCAGAAGAGCUCUCUUGUUGUUAGCACUUAUUGUUUGCAAGAACACAAUACUUCCCGUUACCCUUUUAUGAAAAACAACAAGGAGAGGUGAAAGGGGAAGGAGACGAUUUGAUCUAGAAGAUGAGUAUUCUGAUGUGGUAGCUUUUGGAAAAAAAUCUUUAUUUGGUGUUGAAAACUGGAAAAAGUAAUUCAUCCAGAAUUCAUACUGUCUUGACAAAAACUAUGGUUCUGUUUUUAGAUAUUGUGGAAAAUGUUUUUUGGCAUUUUUCUCUGAUUUUAUUUCUUCUCCCCUGUUCCUUUUUCUAAAAAACAAACACACACAAAACAAAAACAGAGCAAAAAGACGAGAAAAGGAAAUUUUAUUAUUAAUGCUGUGUGGAAAAACUCCCAGCCCAGAUUGCUCAGCUGUUCAUACCUGACUUGCCACCUGCAUAGGAGCCAGUCCUGUUCCUUCCAAUUCGCCCCUCUUCCUACAGGGGAGAACUUCCAAAUGUUAAUUUUUUUCUUUUUGAAAAUAUAAAUAAUGACUAUUUUGUACUGUGUGGUAUCUCUGGUCUUUUGUUUCACUCACCUGGCUUGUCUUUGGGGUCUGAGUUCCUUAAGGGAUUUUGAAGGCCUAGUUUGAUUCUUUAGCUUGCAGAGAUUAUGCUCCAGAUGUCUAAGCGGUAGGAAUUUAUUGCGUCUCCCUAAUCUCAAGUUUCCUUUGUGAGCUACCAGCAUCCGCCAGUCCCUUGUCCUUCUUAUCUCACAGUCCACAUCCUACUGAGGGAUCAGGGAAGUGGGCUCUCCUGCACCCUACAUGUUUUAAGACCGAAUUCCCAAUCUCCCUUCUCCUUAAGUAAAUACAAAAAUAUCAAGGGGACAUGAAUGUGGAGACUUAAUAAAGGGAAGUUCUUAUCUCUGA